CCUAAUUAGUAAUUACUAAUUACAAUUGGAAUAAUUUUUUACCCAAUCAUCUCUCCCGUCGUCGCAAUAGACUCUCCUCUGCCGCUGAAGUUCACCGCCGGCGAAGUCAGAAUCCCCACCACCACACCUGCACCAUUCUCCGGCAGAAAGCAGUAAAUUAGAUCCUUUCCCUUUCUUAAAUUAUCAGUUUCUGUGUUGGGAUUAAAUUCCUCGUCUUGAUUACGGCCAGCCAUAGAUUUUUUUGGUUAGUUUGUGAAAUAGAAGUGAAUCGGGCAACUGCAGACGCCAUGCGGCUGCGUUGAGAAGCUAAGAUUUCUAUUGGGUAACGAAGAAAUGUUCUUGCGUUAUCGUCUUAGUAGCAAAGAUUAUUCUCCUUCGAGCCCACCUAGAGAGUUCGAUCCUUUGGAAGUAUAAUAAACGCUGCUACAUCUUUUGAUUUUGAUUGGGCGAACAGAAUCGACCGAGUUGUCACAGUCCCAAGCAAGUUCCAGAAAGAUCGGUUAAACUCCAUAAGAACUAGAGUGAAAUUCUAUUCUUGUUGAUGGGGGAGCUGGCAGCUGAUAAGCAUGUGAAAUACAUUCUGGCUGUUGAAAAGAGAAAGGAUAAUUUUGAAUCUGCUGUGCUGGAGCACUUGCGAAUGAAUGGGGCUUAUUGGGGGUUGACCACCUUGGAUCUGCUGGGAAAGCUUGAUGCGGUAGACUCCAAUGAGAUUAUUGAAUGGAUCUUGAAGUGCCAACAUGAGUCUGGUGGAUUUGCUGGUAAUGUUGGGCAUGAUCCACAUAUACUGUAUACCCUAAGUGCCAUACAAGUUUUGGCCCUUUUUGACAAACUUAAUGUUCUUGAUGUUGACAAAGUGUCGACUUAUAUUGCAGGACUGCAAAACGAGGACGGAUCCUUUUCUGGUGACAUCUGGGGAGAAGUGGAUACCCGGUUCUCCUAUAUUGCCAUAUGUGGUCUCUCCAUAUUGAAAUGCUUGGACAAGAUUAAUGUGGAGAGAGCUGUGAACUACAUCAUAAGUUGCAGAAAUGUAGAUGGUGGAUUUGGAUGUACACCUGGUGGCGAGUCUCAUGCUGGACAGAUAUUCUGUUGUGUGGCUGCCCUUGCCAUUACGGGGGCUCUACACUAUGUUGACAAGGACCUCCUUGGAUGGUGGCUGUGUGAGCGACAAGUGAAAUCCGGUGGCCUGAAUGGCAGACCCGAGAAGCUUCCAGAUGUUUGCUAUUCAUGGUGGGUUCUUUCUAGCUUAACCAUGAUUGACAGAGUUCAUUGGAUUAGCAAAGAGAAGCUUAUCAAGUUCAUUUUGAACUGUCAGGACACGGAGAAUGGAGGGAUCUCGGAUAGACCAGAUGAUGCUGUUGAUAUCUUCCAUACAUAUUUUGGAGUUGCUGGACUGUCUCUCCUUGAAUAUCCAGGAGUGAAAGCUGUAGAUCCAGCUUAUGCCUUGCCGGUUGAUGUCGUUGAUCGAAUUUUCUUCGGCAAGUAAUUUACAUGCAGUGCAAGUUAACCAUAGGAAACGGUACAGCUUUCAAUCUUUCUGCAGCUCCGUUUGUCUUGAACUCUUCCAAUAGCAGCUUUCCUCGAGGGGUCUUUGCACAUAUUCCACACAGGGCGACUGUGGGUAUCUUGGACUAUGGGCCAUUUUUCCUCUGUGCAGAUGCUGUCGUGUUACCUUGGUAUCCUUGGAAAAACAUUUUUGAACUUUGUUGACAUUGACGAUUCGUGUGCUUUAAGAACACAAUAGUAGUAACUAGUAAGAUGUUUAUCGAACAUGGAGAAGGUGGUGUCAUGGGAACCCGCAAAUGUUGGUCCCUCUCCUCAAACCCUGGUCCAACCUCAGAAAGCAAAUUUGCCUGUUCUUGGACCAACGCUUGGCAACCAAGUUUCACUGUCUUCAAGGUUAUUGUCAUCAUGGUCAUGGAUUAUGUCUCAAUCAAAUCAACCCUUCAAUAUGAUCGUUUAUAAGAAUGAGAGA